AUGGCCUUGUUCAUACGACGAGCACUUGAAAGUUGGAAAUCGAGGCACCUAGAAUGGGAACAGGGUGGAAAGACGACUCUGAUACCGAGAAGAUGGACGCAAGAAGAAAAGGAAGAUGCGAAGAUCUCUGCUAUGAAAGAAAUGAACCUAGAACAUCAACCAAUUGUAGCUCCGCAAGAGUCCUCGACCAGGCAGGAUCGCACGGCGGCACAAAAAAAGAAAGACAGCAGGCAACAAGCCGUGACUGCUGCCAAUAUAUACACAUGGGAAAACGUCAAAGCCCGAGGCGCCUUUGAAGCAGCGUAUGAGAAGCAUGCCAUGGAGGUUAAUGAGCGUAGGCAUCGUGAAAACCCAAGUGGAAGAUGGACAGGAAUGAAAGCAGACGACCAGCGUGAUCUAGUGGAACACGCCGCGAAAUAUCUACAAAAACUAUUCAAGGAUGAUCAAAUACCCCCAGGUCUUAAACGUCGUCCGACCCAAGGUGUGUCUCUUGGUGGUGCAGGUGGGUCUGAUAAUUCACAUGUUCAGGGUUCGACCGCCAAGCAAACUUUUCAAACAACGAUCAAAUCCAAGGAGGUCAGAAGACUCGGAGACAUACCAUACCGUUAUCCUCCGGGUUAUGACAGUGAAGGCGGGUCUAGUUUCUCUGGCAUGAGUAGCCCCAAUACAAAAAGUCCCAGUGCUUCGGAACUAGAAAGUCAUAGGCCAAAAGGGAAGGGAAAAGCCAAGGCUACUGAUCCAAACCCGCAUGAUCGUGCACAUGAAGCUUCUUUUUCAGACGAUGAAUACCAUGAAGGUGACUUUCUCACGAGAGAGUGGAGACGUGAUCAGCGACACGAGCAAGCCCGGAUUGCAGAAAGGAAUCAAGAAGCACUACGCAUGCACAUGGAAGCGAAUCAAACUCAGGUGGAAGCUGCACGACCACAGUCGUACAUACAAAGCAACGUGCAGCCUCAACAAGCACGUGUAGCUACCAAGCCAAUUUCUUCUACCACUUCAAAGUCACCUGCUACUAGAGACAUAAGGGUGGCUGCAGGGAAGCAACAGGCAGCAAAACUCAUCAAUCCUAACGAUUAUCCGACUGUAGCAGAAUAUCCACCGGGAUAUAAUAGCUCAGGCAGUUCCAAUCCUCCAAACACUCCACCUAUUACGAAUGAACAAGCAUACUAUGAUAUGAUGAACCAAGAUUUCACUACUCACCACUGGGCAGUCAAUCGCUCUGGGGACGAUGAGAUUCAUGCUGAAUCUCAACCCCGAGACACUAGGGAGCAGUCUCCAAUACACCGUUCUGGCAAAACGGCGGCUGCAGGAAAGCAACGGGCAGUAGAGGCUCAUCAAACGCAACCAAAAAAAUCUACGGCCUCUGGUGCAGCUAAAGCUACAUCAAAUGUGUCUACAACCGGUGCCGCAAAGCAAAAACUCCGAGGUCAACCACGACAACUCGCGCAGACUACUUCGGAUACCACUAGACAGACCACAAAUGUUCCAGCAGCCGGAAUUCCAAGAUUCUCUACUGAAGCACACACUACCGCAAGCAACCCCGCCGCAGGCUCUUCUACCGGUGGUCCAACAAGACGUGGUACUGAAGAUUCGGCCUCGAGUUCCAAAACAAAGAACAGUAAGCAGGACUCGAAAAAGAAGACGACCAAGAAACCUAGUUCUGGGACGUAG